AAAUGUAACUUAUUUUUCAGGGUCAGGAGGAUGUUGCUUUUAAUACAAGUUGACACAAUCGAAGCUCACAUUGCAAACAGCGACUCACUCUUAGCUAACAUGUUUGGCGCUCAUUGGUUGGAGACAAAGGAGUUGUGAUAUUAUCAAGUGCAACAUGAAGAAAAGUUUCACGGCCGAGCAAAUUUCCGAUUGGUUCACCUCCGGAGCCACAUUUGCCAACAUUAAACUCACAAAUGAAGUGGAUGGAAAGAAAUUAACUGAGCCGGCGACGAAAGAGACCGGGCCACUAAGCAUUCCUGAUGACGACAGCGUGAAACCUGGAAACUCAGUCGGAGGACCAUUGAAGAAAACCGAGCUACCAAGUAGCAGCCCUCCUCCGCUUCAUAGCUACGAGUACCCCAGCUUGCCCAUAACCAAAAACAGACAGGAGCUGAUUUCUCUUAUAGAAAACAACUCUGUCGUGAUUAUUCGAGGAGCCACAGGCAGCGGCAAGACCACUCAGCUGCCACAGUACAUCCUGGACCACUACAGUGAGAAAAAUGCCCCGUGCAAUAUCGUGGUCACGCAACCACGCCGAAUCGGUGCUAUAAGCAUUGCUCGAUGGGUCGCCACUCAAAGGAAGUCUACCAUCGGUAGUCUGGUUGGAUAUCAGGUUGGGCUGGAGAAAAUGGCUACUGAACACACCCGGCUAAUCUACAUGACAACAGGAGUGCUACUGGAGAAACUGGUGGCGGCCAAGACCCUCACCGAGUACUCCCAUAUUUUUAUUGAUGAGGUUCACGAACGCACCGAGGAGAUGGACUUUCUCUUGCUGGUCUUGAGAAAACUUCUUAACACCAACUCUCGUUAUGUGAAGAUCAUCCUCAUGUCAGCCACCAUUAACUGCAGACAGUUUGCGGAGUACUUCAGCACUCCAGUUCGUGGGAAGAUGACCCCAGCCUACGUGUUUGAAGUGGAGGGGGUUCCUUACGGCGUUGAGGAUUUUUAUCUGGACGACCUUCAGCACUUGUGCCUCUACAGCUUGGAUUCAGCCCAUUUAGAUGAUCCUCACAUCUCAGCUGAAAUGUACGACCUUGCCAUCAGCCUCAUUCAGAGCUUUGACAAGCUGGAGGGCCAAGAUUCCAGCAAUGGAGGUGCUGCAGGCGAAGAAAGCUUCUCAGAGAGAGGCAGUGUCCUUGUUUUCCUUCCUGGCAUUCGCGAGAUAACCUACAUGCAGCAAGCCUUAGCCAAGCUGGUCCACAAGAGGUUGCAGGUUUAUCCCCUUCACUCCACGGUGACUUUGGAGGAGCAGUAUGGGGUUUUCCUAUCUCCUGUCCUUGGGUACAGAAAGGUCAUCCUUUCCACCAACAUUGCAGAAAGUUCAGUGACGGUGCCUGAUGUCAAAUAUGUCAUCGAUUUCUGCCUGACCCGUCACAUGGUUUGUGAUAAAGAAGCCAAUUACCAGUCUCUGCGUCUCACCUGGGCAUCAAAGACCAACUGCAACCAACGUAGAGGAAGGGCAGGUCGAGUAUCCAAGGGCUACUGUUACCGCCUUAUUAGCAAAGCCUUCUGGAAGGAUGAAAUCCCAGACUAUAUGAUCCCUGAGAUGUUGCUUGCUCCUCUGGCCACCGUCUUGCUGAAGGUGAAGCUUCUGGACAUGGGAGACCCCCGAUCCCUCCUCUCUUCAGCUCCCUCACCCCCUGUCCUCAAAGACAUAGUUCGGACUGUACUCCAACUCAAAGAGAUGGGGGCCUUGUCUGCUAAACAGGAUGAUAGAUGUCUCAAUGAGGAUGGUGAGUUGACGUUCCUGGGGCGAGUGCUGGCUCACUUACCUGUGGACCUUUACCUCGGCAAGAUGAUUGUCCUGGGGCACAUUUUCGGCUGUCUAGAUGAGUGUCUCAUCAUAGCUGCUUGCAACUCUCUGAAGAGUUUCUUUGCCAUACCAUCAAUGCAACAACUUGCCGGUCUCAGGAGCAAGAUGGCCUUUGCACAAAGCACCCAAAGUGAUUCCAUAGCAUUUGUCAACACCUUCAAGGCAUGGCUUUCCUUCAAAAAGCAAGGACAGCUGAGAAACAAGAAGGAUGAAUUGGACUGGGGAAAAGAGAACUUCAUUCAAAUCAAGAGGAUCCGUGAGGUUGCAGAUUUAUAUGAAGAUCUGAAAAAACGUGUGCAACAGUUCAACAUGUGUCUGCCAGACAGCCAGCCCUCUGACUAUACCAGCAUGCAUGCACAGAAGUUCAUCCUUCAGUUGCUAGGUCAAGUGUGUCUGGAUCUGAGGACAUCUAUCCGCCUUUUGGGGAAGAAGACACUGGUGGUCAUUGCUGGCGCCUAUUAUCCGCACUACUUUGUCCAGGGGGAAAUCAGUGAAGACAUGGCUUCCAGAGAGUUGAGUGGGUUGAACCACAGAACAACUGUGAUGUUGCGGAACCUCCCUCCAUACAGUUUUCUGUACUACAAACAGCUACAGUCUCUAUUCCGCCAAUGUGGACAAGUCAAAGCCAUUUCCUUUGAGAGCUCCAGAGCAUAUGUGGAAUUCUACAAGACAUCCCAGGACUCUGCAGUGUUGCCUGAGGUCAUGCUAGCCCUCCUUCUGGCCCAGGAGAGACCUGCCAUGGAGUUGUCUGUCUACCCAGCAGAACAAGUAGAAUUAUGCCUAGGGAACAGACAAAUAACUCACAUGAAAUAUGCACGGGUGAAUGUCGACUUCCAAAACCAAUCCGUCCUCCCAGUAGGAGUGGUGAGCAGCACCAUUGACCCGGACAAACUGCCUCCCAACCCUUUUUUUGUGGUCAAUGUCACAGAGGUGGUAGAUGUGGGCCAUUUCUGGGGCUUCCAGGCAGGUGAAACCAGUUUGGAAAAGCAGCGCCAACUGUCAGGAGAGAUCAACAUGCGCACACUGCAUCCUGUAACUAUAUCGCUUUAUCCCAACCUUCUGUGCCUGGCGCCUUACUCUGAGAUCAGCGAGCAAAGCCUCUACUACCGGGCCAAGAUCCUGCACAUGCGUGGCGACACAGUGGAGGUGUUCUUCUUGGACUUUGGUAACACAGCAGCUGUCCCAUGCAACAGCCUUCGGGAACUCCCAAGUGACCUUCUGUCGGAGCCCUUCCAGGCUCAGGAGUUUCAAAUUAUUGAAACACGUCCAUCAGCAGAGUCUGUCAUCUUUGGGAACCAGUGGAGCAGCCGUGCCCGUCAAAGAUUCAUGGCACUGGUGAAAGACUGCUCGGUCCUCGUGUCGCUUUACUCCAUCCUCCACGGAAUCAUGCGCGUGAGGUUGUUUAUCUGUGGCGAAAACGCAAACAAAAGCGUGGCUGAUGUCUUGGUGGAGGAGGGCCACGCCGUCAUUGCUGAGGAGAGCUUUGACUCCAAGCAAAACAAUGAGAUGCUGCUUUCCCUGUACAAAGACAUGGAAACAGGAAUGUACGUCCCCAAUGCCACCAGCAGCUCCUGGAAGGAUCGCAAGAAAGAGGAGAAGGAGCUCAUUGACUGCCUCCUCUCCCACUUUUCCAAAAGCCGCACGCCUUAUUCCAGGACAAAAGUUCGUCUGCAUGGACCAAACAGUCCUCAAAAAAUCAUCUUCCACAGCUUGAACAAAGCCACGUACGGCAAGACGGUGUGCAUUGAUCGAUACAGCGUCAACGCCAUGGCUGUGAAUGAAAACCCUCACUACAAGCAUCAGAGAAUCCUGGUGGCCGGCACCGUGUUAAUCAGCGCAUCAGGUAACCACAUUCUCCUGAGGGACACGUCCCUCAUGCCAGACAUCCCUGGACUACCUGCCAUUGUUACCAUGCUCUUCACGCCCAUCAUGGAGUUGCGCACUAAUGAAGAGAAGACUUCCUACACAGGAGCGCUCUGUGGUUUGGGCUGGGACAGUCAAACACAAGAAGGCAUCCUACCUGAACAUGAUAUUGAAAUGGCCUUUGACGUAAAGUUUGAUGUGGAAGACAUCACUGAGAUAAAUGCUUUGCGAGUCGCCAUCAACCGUCUGGUGUGUGAGGGACCGAGUGGCACCUUGCAUCUGGGGUCUGACAGCAUCGCCCAACUGCAGGAGGACUGUCGGGAGCGCCUCAAGAGCUUGUUCACCAAGUCACCUCCAAUGGAAGCUGUCACUCCAGAGUACUAUGACAAACCAGGGAAAUGGAACCAGGUUGAUCCCUCCCUCAAGAUGGACAUCACGGAGGUCAGAGCUGGCAAAUCAAGAGCGGUUCUCUUCCAACUGCAUCCUGUCGUUCUUCUGAACAACUGAAAAAGCUAUGUCUUGCAUUGCUACUAUUAUUUCAUCUGACACUUGUUUACUUUAUUGUCCAGUGGGACUUGAGAUUUAGUGGUACAGAAAAAAAACACGUUUUUUCGUUUUGAGAAUGUACACUUAUUUUAGGUUAAUUUUUGAUGAGGAUGUUUGUUGACAUUCGUCAUGUUAAGGCUAUUCAGCAGUGAGACAAUAAAAAUAGCUGGUCCCAACAGUUCGCGGCUCAUGGGUCGGAAACAUUUACAUUACUUCAAAAGUGUUGUGUCUGUGCCUAAUUUUAAUGAUUUUUUCCAUUUUCAGACGUUCAGACGUCCCAAAAUUCUACAGUAAACCUCGGAUAUAUCGGAUUCAAUUGUUCCCACUGGUUUUGUCCGAUAUAAGCGAAAUCCGUUAUAUGCGUAUACCGGAAAAUGUCCGUUUUACGCAUAUAUCGGAUUUAUAUCCGGUAUAUGCGUAAAUCGGAUUUUAUCCGUUAUAAAAAGGCACUUCCUUGACUAUGUUUCCGAUGUACCUGGACUGGGCAAUGAAAAGAGACGUAAGGUAAUGAGAAUUGAACUUUAUUGGACUCUGAGCAUAACAAAUUGUUAAUUAAGCUAGGCCCUGUUACGCCCGUCAGGCCUACGUUAUUUCCAAUAGUGAGGUUAAGAUCUCAUUCAAUAAAUCCCAGGGUGUUUUCUGGCAGCAUUUGCCAGAAUAACCCAGUUUCGUCGGCAUUAAAAAUGUCCUUUGCUUUAAAACGUC